CAAAGAAAGCUGAAGCCAUGGCGGACAAGAAGCUCGUGGCGGCAGAGGAGGAGAACAGACAGAAAGGAAAAGGGCGUGAAAGUGGUGUCCGUGUUACUCACGCUACAAACGGAGAAAGGACGUCAUGGCCAGGAACCCUCUGCUGCUGUCUUCGGCCAAGAAGCUCCUGGCAGAGUAGGACUAGAAAAGAUGGCGGGAAAAGAGCGAGAAGAGAAAGAGAGUGGUACCCAUGGCUUUCAUGGGGAGAAAGCUCGUCAUGCUCAGCUUUUGGCUGCUGGAGGUGAGGAGUUGAGAGAAAGGAAAGGUCAGGAAUCAGCGGAGAUGGGAAGAGAAAAGGGAGCAGCUGCAAAAGAUACAGCGGCAGAGAAAGCUCAGAGAGCUUCCGAGUAUGCAACGGAGAAAGGAAAAGAAGCGGGAAAUGUGACGGCUGAACAAGCGGGGAGAGCAAAAGACUACACUCUGCAGAAAGCUGUUGAAGCUAAAGACAUUGCGGCAGAGAAAGCUCGGAGAGCUACUCAGUAUGUGACGGAGAAAGGAAGAGAAACGGGAAACACGGCGGCUGAACAGGCAGCAAGAGCAAAAGACUAUACGUUACAAAAAGCUGUUGAAGCUAAAGACAUUGCGGCUGAGAAAGCUCAGAGAGCUUCUGAGUAUGUAACAGAGAAAGGGAAGGAAACUGGAAACAUUGCAACUCAGAAAGGACAAGAGGCAAAAGACCAAACGGUUUCAAUGACUGGAAAAGCAAAAGACUACACCGUUCAAAAAGCAGGCGAAGCAGUGGAAAUGAGCAAGGACAUGGCUGGAUAUGCAAAAGAAACGGUGGUGGAAGGAGGAAAAGGAGCAGCACAUUACGCUGGAGUGGCUGCUGAGAAAGCAGCUGCGGUUGGGUGGACGGCGGCGCAUUUUACGACGGAGAAAGUGGUGCAAGGGACAAAAGCGGUUGCAGGUACGGUGGAAGGAGCGGUGGGGUACGCAGGGCAUAAGGCGGCAGAAGUGGGAUCUAAGGCGGUGGAUUUGACUAAGGAGAAAGCUGCGGUGGCUGCUGAUACAGUGGUUGGAUACACAGCUAGGAAGAAAGAUGAAGCUCAACACAAAGAUCAAGAAAUGCACCAGGGAGGUGAGGAAGAGAGGCGACCAGGGUUUGACACAGAACCAAGGAGAGGAUUUGGAGAGGAGUACAGAGAAGAAAGAGGGAGUGAGGAAGAUAUCUUCGGGUAUGGAGCGAAAGGAAUGGCCGAAGAAGCAAGGAGAGAUGUUGGGGGAGGAGAGUACGGAAGAGGAAGUGAGGAAGAUGUCUUCGGAUAUGGAACAAAAGGAAUGGUCGGAGAAGGGAGGAGAGAUGUUGGAGAGGAGGAGUUAUUCAGAGGAGGAGGAAGAAGGAAUGAGAGAUAUGUCGAAGAAGAAAGGGUUGAGACGGGAGGAGUGCUUGGGGCAAUUGGCGAGACUAUAGCUGAGAUUGCGCAGACUACGAAGAACAUAGUUAUUGGUGAUACGCCUGAGAGAGCACAGGAGCAUGGAACUACUGAUUAUAUGAGACGGGAACAGGGACAUCGUUGAAAAGUAGAAGGAGAAAUGUUUUGGGUUUUUUCUUGUUUUUGUUUAAAAGGGUUUUGUAUGUAAAUAACAAGAAGCUCUUUGUUUGGAAGGGUUCUGUGGAAAAUAAAAAUAGCUCUGUUUCUGUUAUAAAGGAUGGAAG